CUCCACAUCCUUCUCCUCCGCCUCCACAUCACUCUCCUCUUCUUUCAACUUCGUCUCCUCCCCCUCCACCUCCUUUACACCCCCCUCCCCCAUCUGCGGCUCGUAAACGUCAGCAGCGCCAUCCAAGCUAGCCAUUGCCAACUCUGACUCUGACUCUGGCUCCUCGCCUUCCAUUCCAUCCUCCUCCUUUACAUCCCUCUCCUUCAGCCGCUCAUGAACAUCAGCAGGCCCAUCCAGACUAGCCACUGCCAACCCCUGCUCCGGCUCCUGUUGCUCUCCAUCCACAUCACCCUUCACCGCGAAUAAUCCAACCACCUGACCCGACGGAACAGCCUGGAACUGUAUCUUAACCGGCGGCGGCGGGGGCGGCGGGGAGACAUUUUCCUUUUCCCUGCCAUCUGAGAGAUCCGACUGACUGGCCUCGUACCCCGUCGACGAACCCGUAGAGCUAUACUCGGCCACGCGGUAUGUCCGCAGCGGUUGUUUUUCGGACUUGAUGUUGUCCGUGGCUGUGUGGAUUGCAGCGAUGGGCUUCCUUGGUGCGGAGGAAGUGGAUGUGGAUGUGGAAGUAGAGGUGGAAUCGAUAACGAUCGUGUUUGGGUCGAUAGCACCGCCUAUGGACGCCCCGCACAACACGCCGUCGCGUUGUUUCAGGAUAGCGAGGUUCUCGGUGCCCGGGGCUCGGUCGGUAAAGAUGCUGUCCAGCCAGCUGUCCCUCAUGCCCUUUCUGCGAUCCCGUAGCGUUUCACGACCAUAGGAGGAGUCCUGCAAUCCUGUGGCAAGGGAAGCCGAUGGACCCUCGAGGUGCACAGUGGCGGCGUCUUCGAGUCUCCUCGUCGCCUCACGGAGGUUAUGUGCUGUUGGGUCCUUGUUCCCCGGGGGGCUCUCGGCAUCACUACGGAGGGAGGAGGGAAUGAAGGUGCGAAAGAAGCUGCCUGGGCGUGGUGACACGCCGCCGCCAAGGUCGAGGAGCCCGUGGUGCCACUUUGUUGGGGCAACGGUGCCGUCGAGAUCCGUCGGGUCGAAGUGGC